AUGUCUCUCCGCACACUAUGUGCGCUGCCGCUUCUCCUCCCGGGCGCACUCGCCCACAUGCAGAUGCAAGAGCCCUCGCCCCUCCGCGACCCGCACUCAAACCGCACCGCAGAGCCAAAAGACUAUAACAUCCUCACCCCGCUCCACCCUGACGGCAGCGACUUCGCUUGCAAAGGAUACCAAUGGAACACCCCGCUCACUGCGGUGGCUCAGUAUCAAGCCGGCAGAACGUACCCGCUCCGGCUUAUGGGCGGCGCCACGCACGGCGGUGGCAGCUGCCAGAUCAGCUUGUCAUGCGACUACACACAUUUCAAUGUGAUCAAAAGCAUGGAAGGGAAUUGUCCGAUCAACAAGGAGUACGAGUUCACGAUUCCAGACGAUGUGCCAACAGCAGAAAAGUGUCUACUAGCAUGGACGUGGUUUAACAAAAUCGGUAAUAGAGAAAUGUAUAUGAACUGUGCAGUUGUCGACCUCAUCGGCGCUGGUAGCUCCUCAUCCUCCCGCCAGCGCGCCUCCACGAAAGUCUCCAGCGGGGCAGUAGCGCAGGCCGCUCUAUCACGAUACCCAGACCUAUACGUCGCGAAUCUGAAAGGCGUGAACGAUUGCGUGACGAAAGAGACGGUUGAUGUGGUGUUCGACAAUCCCGGAUCAGACGUCAUAUAUGGCGACGGGCUCAGC